CCGCGCGCCACAGUAGCGGUAACAUCGGGGAGAUGCAGAGGGAGAGAGCGCACGCGAUGGAUAACGUGUUCCGCCGGCGACGCAUCGCCGUGCCGAAGAGGACAAGCGAGCUGGUGGCGCUGAUGGCGGUCUCCACGACCCUGUUCCUCUUCCUGCACACCAGGGACCUCCACUCCAAGCUCAAACAGAUGGAGGUGAAGCUGCAGCCAGAGGACAUGCUGUCCUCCAGCCAGCUCUCAGGCAACAGCAUCAGUCAGUCCGCCGUCAGCGAACUGGUCAAGCAACUGACCGAGAGCGGUGAGCUGGACUCGCUGGACCCGGCGGCACUCAACAACACCCGGCGGGCCGGAGCAGAGCUGGUGUUCUUCAACCGAGUGCCCAAGGUGGGCAGCCAGACCUUCAUGGAGCUGCUGCGGCGGCUGGCGGCCAGGAACCAGUUCGCCUUCCACCGCGACCACAUCCAGCGCGUCGAGACCAUCCGGCUGUCGCCCGCCGACCAGAUGAGUCUCGCCACGCACGUGAACAGCUUCGCUCCGCCGGCGGUUUACGUCAAGCACGUGUGUUUCACGAACUUCACGCAGUACUCCCUGCCCGAGCCCAUCUACGUGAACCUGGUGCGGGACCCGGUGGAGCGGGUGAUAUCCUGGUACUACUACGUGCGCGCGCCUUGGUACUACGUGGAGAGGAAGCAGGCCUUCCCAGACAUACCUCUGCCCGACCCUGAGUGGCUGCGCAAGGACUUCGAGACGUGUGUGCUACGCGGCGACAGGGAGUGUCGCUACCUGGAGGGCGAGACCCGGGAGGGCAUCGGCGACCACCGGCGCCAGUCGCUCUUCUUCUGCGGCCACAGCGACGACUGCACGCCCUUCAACACGGCGGGCGCCCUACAGAGGGCCAAGCGCGCCGUGGAGAGGCACUACGCCGUGGUGGGCGUGCUCGAGGACCUCAACUCCACGCUCACGGUGCUGGAGCACUACGUGCCGCGCUUCUUCAGCGGCGCGUCCCAGGUCUUCUGGGGUGAGGUGGACCGCUUCUCGCGCAUCAACCGCAACUUGUUCAAGCCCCCAGUGAGCGAGCACGUCAAGGAGCUGGUGAGCAAGAACUUCACGCGGGAGAUAGAGUUCUACCAGUUCUGUCGCCAGAGGCUUCACCGACAGCUCCUCGCGCUCAAGCUGCCGCGCAACGGCGCAUGACGACGACGUCGCCCACCGCCGAGAGGUGCCCGCGACCAAAGAGACUCCACUUCCUCCUCCUCAUCCUCCUCCUCCCCCCCCCACCCCCCGUGUACACAUGCUUGCCCCGCAGCGUCUGUGUUCGCAGCUGUACCGCCCGCGCGCUCCGCUUCCGCGCACGCUGCUGUACCACCCGCGCGCUCCGUUUCCACGCACGCUGCUGUACCGCCCGCGCGCGCUCCGUUUCCGUGUACACAGCUGUACCGCUGCCCGUCGCAGCUGCGGUGCGUCUAGAGGACUCUGUGGAGCUUCAUCGAGCCCUAGCGAAGCGUGGACACAACGAAUCUGCGGCAACGAACACAGGCAUACAAGCCGUGGCCUAAUGAAGAAAAAUGGCUUCGCCAAAUUUGUGGCCCCAACGUUGAAUGGCUUUUUAGAGAAUAGAACUGUCGGAAACGUACGUCGUAGAGUAUGGAGCUGGCGGAUUUUGAAGGUGUUAUUAAUUAUAAUAAAACCGUUUUUGCAUACUCGAUGUUCAAUGCAUGAAAUGUUUGAUAUAUUAUGAAUGAAUGGAAACGCAUAUAUUUUAUAAUAUCAUUUGUAAACUAACCUUCUUCAGAUGAUUUCGACGGUUCUAUUGGUAAUUCUAAAGCCAAUAAAGGUUAUGUGCUCAUUGUCUAUAUCAUCGUAUACAUCCAUAUAGAAUAUUGUGAUAAUUAAAUACAUAAGAGGAAGUCAGUUGUAGUUCUUCUGCGUUAAAACGAACUAUUUCGUGGGACUUGUUUAAAGAUAUGCUUUUAAACAAUUGCAGUGUAUAUAUGCUGCAAUUUCUUCAACAUGUGAACUCGUUGGCAAAUUAUUGAUACGUAAUUUUUUAUUCUAAUUUAUGUAAAGUAUUUCUGUAGCCAUUAUUGAAAAAAAUUCACUAAUUGUUUUUUAAUUUAUUACAUGAAAUUUUUUUUUCCAACAAAACUGAGUAUACCAACAUUAGACAAUUUGCAUUUUUAAUCAUUUACACGAAAAGUAAUAUUUUGUUUUAAAAAGAAUGUUUAUAGAGAGAAGACAAUACUUUUACUCUGAAUUAAUAUUGUAUAACUUUACAAAUCAUCUUUAUUAGUGCCAAUGGGUUCAUAAAGCAUUAAAUCUAUCAUUAAAUAUUCACUAGAAAUUUGAAUUUAAUGGUUUUGAUUCGUGUAAUGAUUCAUAGAUAUAAUUUAUGUAUUAAAUUGACCAGAACAUAAUUCGCCAUAAAGUCUUUCAGAAUAGAUACGUUUAUUUAAACACUUUUUUAUUAUUUAUAAAGAUAGGUUUAAAACAGAUGUUAAUAUUCUAUCUAGUUACGGUACAGUAUAUUUGGAGUAGGUACUUAACUUGUUAAUUUGUAGAAAAAUAUCGUUGUUUUUAUACUGAGGACAGUUUAAACGGUGCUGUACUGAGAAACUGUUGUGUGUGUGUUCAAAAAUUUAAUUUAAUUAGAACGAAGUUAGGAUCAUGUUAAAUAAAAUGUGUUCAGUGAUAAAAUAUAUAUUUUUUUAUUUCACAAUAUAUGACUCCAGUAAAUUAAAUUGCGUAACUUUCUCUGAAGUGACACAAAUGGUCUGACUGACUCGAGUGUUUCUGAAAGUGUGAAUAAUCAUGUUUUGCAUUUUUUAAAGUUUAUAUUAACCUUUUGUACGUUUAUUGUUUAAAUGACAGCAGUUGCUAACUAAUUACUGGUUGGUAAUUUAUAAUAUAUGAAAGAAACCAAAUGCUUUUAUAUAAUACUUCAGAAACCUUUCUGUGUGUUGUUUUAAUUUCAUAAUUUUGUUUAUUUAUAUUUUAAUAUAUCUUCUAAAUAUAAAAUCUGCUUAUGUAAUUUUGUUAUUGUGGCUUUAUGUUAUCAUUGUGAAUUAUUUAACAAAAAACUUUGUGGAUGUGGGACCACAUAAAAAACUCAGAAACGUG